GGGGCGGGGAGAAGGGAGGAGCCGCUGGCGGAGAUCCGGCAGGGUUUCCUGGAGGGGGAGCUUUAGCGCCCGCUCUCGGGUAGUUGUGCUGCUCCCAGGUUUGUGAAACUUUGCAAAGUUCCCAGGCCGCCCGCGGGCAGGAGCGCCCCCAGCGCGGGCAUGGUGGGGCUGGCCGGCCGCGGCAAGUGGUGGGGCAGGCGGGGCCGGGCCCCCCGGGGAGCAGGGGCGUUGCUGGCCCUGGGGCUGCUGGCGGCACUGGGUUUCCUGCUGUGGCGGCGCGUCCCCCCGGAGAGCGAUGCUGCGCGUCCUGCCCGCGGGGCCCCCCAGCCGCCACUGUCCGGGGACCCCGAGCGCCUGCGGAGACCCGUGUACGAGAAGCCGCCCCUGGAGCCUGGAGCGCUGGGCGAGCUGGGCCAGGCUGUGCGGCUGGAGCUGAGCCCGGCCGAGAAGAACCGCCAGGAGGAGAGUAUCCGGCAUCACCAGAUUAACAUCUACCUGAGCGACCGCAUCUCCCUACACCGCCGCCUGCCCGAGCGCUGGAACCCGCUGAAAAAAAGCUGCAUGAUCAUGAGUGACUUCAAUUGGAGUGACAUAUGCUGGACCUCUCCUGCUGCCGGUACUAAAACAUCCUUGGAAUUUCUAAAUAUUAUAGAUGACAAUUUCCUAACUCAAAAGAACCAUUUAAAGAAACCUUUGGAAAACUACGUGGCUGGGUUACGCAAGGUACGUCUUAUUCGUGCAAAUAAAAGAGAAGGACUGGUUCGAGCUCGACUUCUGGGAGCUUCUCUUGCGAAAGGGGAUGUUUUGACAUUUCUUGAUUGCCACUGUGAGUGUCAUGAAGGGUGGCUUGAACCACUACUGGAAAGAAUUGGGGAAGAUGAGUCAGCAGUUGUGUGUCCUGUGAUCGAUGUGAUUGAAUGGAAUACGUUCGAGUACUUGGGAAAUGCUGGGGAGCCACAGAUUGGAGGGUUUGACUGGAGACUGGUCUUCACUUGGCAUGUUAUCCCAGAGAGGGAACAAAAACAAAGACGGUCCAAAACUGAUGUAAUCAGGUCUCCAACUAUGGCUGGUGGAUUGUUUGCUGUCAGCAAGAAAUAUUUUGACUAUCUUGGCUCCUAUGACACAGGAAUGGAAGUAUGGGGAGGAGAAAACCUUGAAUUCUCAUUUAGGAUCUGGCAGUGCGGAGGAAGUCUUGAGAUCCACCCAUGUUCUCAUGUAGGUCAUGUUUUCCCCAAACAAGCUCCCUACUCACGCGCCAAGGCCCUGGCUAACAGUGUACGUGCAGCAGAAGUUUGGAUGGAUGAAUACAAAGAGCUUUAUUACCACCGAAAUCCACAUGCACGUAUGGAGCCCUAUGGAGAUGUGACAGAAAGGAGGCUGCUUCGAGAGAAGCUCAGAUGUAAAGACUUCAAAUGGUUCUUGGAGAAUAUUUACCCUGAACUUCAUGUACCUGAAGACAGAGCUGGCUUCUUUGGAAUGCUGAAAAAUAGAGGAAUGGCAAAUUAUUGCUUUGAUUAUAAUCCUCCAAAUGAGCAUGAAGUAACAGGGCACAGAAUCAUAUUAUAUCCAUGCCACGGCAUGGGACAAAAUCAGUUUUUCGAAUAUACAUCUCAUAAUGAAAUACGUUACAACACCCGGCAGCCUGAAGCCUGUGCAGCAGUUGAUUCCGGGACUGACUAUUUGACAAUGUACUUGUGUCAAGACAAUGUUCAAAAUAUUCCUGAAAAUCAGAAAUUUGUUUUCAGAGAGGAUGGUACUUUGUUCCAUGUACAAACCCAGAAGUGCCUACAAGCCGAAUCUAACUCUUACAAUGGCAAUCCAGCACCAUUAUUGCGACCAUGUAGCAAUUCAGAAUACCAAAAAUGGUUCUUCAAAGAAAGAAGUUGAUCCAGAUGUCAUCAACUGUAUGGCAGAAUAUGAAAAUAUUAACUUUCUAGUCAGCAGCUAGGAAAUCUGUGGACAAAUUACAUAGCUGAUCUAUUUUUGUAUGAAAAGAGUUGUAACUUGUUUACAAGUUGUAAACCUUGUUUUCUGGAGCACUAAAAGACAUUAAGUGUUGAACUCUAUUGAACGAGCACUGUGAAUAUACUGUGCUGCAGAAAUCUCCUCUUCCACUGUUCUCUUUACUUGGCAGCUAUACUGUUUCUAAAAUGUUUUAUGUUUUUCAUACAUGACUAUAUUUUUUUAACCUACUGUGUGCAAGUAAGGAAGUGAAAGUAAUUGCACUAAAGCUAUCUGCCAGUAACUUUAAAAUCUUUAUUUUUCUAAAACAUUCUACAGUGGUAGCUUUUUAACAGAUAUUAGCUAAGGAUUCUUAUUUUAAAUUCCAAAAAUGUAAGUUUAGGUCAAAUUCUGCCCUGAGAUGUGAAAGUCAAGCAGAGCUCUCAUUGAAAUCAAUGUGGAGUCGCACAUCUACAUCUCAGGCCAGACUAGGUCCUAAUAAUUUUGCACAAAUAACACUCCAGAUUGCACAUAUUUUACUGAAUGUUAUAACAUUUUAAAUGUUCAUGGUACUUGACAGAUUCCUAAUAAAGCUGCUUAAGGUUAUCUUUGGAGUAAAAUUAGUGAUUAUUUACUGAUCUUUCGUUAGUGUAAGAAAUAAAGCACCAAUAUUAAAAAUAAAUUUGUGGGGGAAAAUUAAAUUCAUAUGGGGCCCAAUCUUAGAAGUGUGUAGUAUGUACUUCAAAUGGAAGUUCUGCAUGCACAAAUCGUUCAAGAUCUGACUCAUAGACACUAAAGCUUUAAUUCAAAGUUCAGUUUUUAAGCAAAUACAUUUAAAAAUGGAUAACUUCAGUUUCAUUGCUACUGUUAAUGCACUCCUUUUCUACAAAAAUCAUUGAAACAAAAAUUGUUUUGUAAUAAAUUUAAGUGAUAAGAUUGUAAUUGAUGCUAAUCUAAACAUUUGUCUUCAUGAUUGUAAUUGUUUUCUAAGAAUUUUGAUUAUGAAUAACAAGCUGUUCAAUUCAUCAUGUACAUUCCUACUGAAGUCUGGAUAUUUAAUUAGCAUCUAUACAAGAUGAUGUUUGCUUAGAGCAUAGGAAUUGCCAUACUAAAUCAGACAAGUUAUCAUAGUCCAGUAGUUUGUCUUUGACAGUGGUCAGCAACAGAUGCUUCAGCCCAUAGAGCAAGUUUCUUCCUUAUCGCUGUCAAAGGUCCACUUAUGUGCUAAAGCAUGAGUGUUUAUAUCUCUUCCAGAAUACUUAUUCUUUUAUCCUUACUUUUGUAAUUGUGGACGUUCUUGUUAUCCAUAUAAACAUCCAUACCUUUUCUGAAUCCUGGUGAACUCAUGUCAUAUUUGCAUACUUAUUUCAUGAUUGUUGGGGACUGUGUGCCUUUAGAGAAUAUGUAUGUAGGUUCUCCCAAGAUUGUUGCAAAACUAAUGUUUUUAUAAGCACCUUUACAAUUCUGUCUCUGUGGAUUUGGUUGAUGAAACUGAUAUUGGAUCUAAUAAAAUAAUUUGUGAAUUAAUAGGUUC